AUGCCUCCAAAUACAUCAAAAACCAGUUCAGCAGAAACUGCAACUAAAAAACCAAAAUAUCAAUUGGUGGUUCUUGGUGGUGGAGGUGUUGGAAAAUCUGCACUUACUAUUCAAUUUACACAGCAAUACUUUAUACGAGAAUAUGAUCCAACAAUUCAAGAUUCAUACACUAAACAAUGUUUUAUUGAUGAUGAUCUCUGCAAAUUAGAAGUACUUGACACAGCUGGUCAAGAAGAAUUUAGUUAUAUGAGAGAGCAAUAUUUAAGAAGUGGAGAUGGAUUUUUAAUUGUAUUUUCAGUAAUUGAUAAAAAUAGUUUUGUUGAAGCAGAAAAAUUAUUUCGAUUGAUAUGGCGAAUGAAAGAUCGUGAUGACUAUCCAAUAAUAUUAAUAGCAAAUAAAACAGAUUUAAUUGAAGAAAGAAUUGUAACCGAUGAAGAUAUAUUAAGAUUUACGCAAACUUAUAAAGUGCCUUUUUUAGAAUGUUCUGCCAAAAAAAGGCAGAAUGUUGAUCAAGCUUUCCAUGAUUUGGUACGCCUUAUAAGAAGAUAUAAAACAAUGGAACGUCAGUAUGGAAAAAAUGAUUUGGCAUGCCAAGAGGAAAUAGAAAAAGUUAAAACAAUUCAAAAAACUAAAAAAAAGAAAAAUUGUAUAAUACAAUAA